UUGCAACUCUACUCCGAUAUCGAGAGAUUACUAACUGAGACAGUUAGACAAUCGCAAGAUGCCUGGGGUGGUUUAAGAGACUGGACAGAAGUUGAGGGAGCAUGGGUUCUUAAACCACGAAACUCAACCCCAAAAUAUGUUGUACAUUUUGUUGGUGGAAUUUUUGUUGGAGCUGCACCUCAGCUUACAUAUCGCUUGUUUUUGGAGCGCCUUUCAGAGAAGGGUAUUUUCAUCAUUGCAACACCCUAUGCCAGUGGAUUUGACUAUUUCUCAAUUGCGGAUGAAGUGCAGUUUAAAUUUGAUAGGUGCCAUCGGGCAUUUCUCGAAUCAGUACGAGAUCUUCCCAUUUUUGGUAUUGGCCAUUCUCUGGGAUCUGUCAUCCACCUUUUGAUUGGAUCAAGAUAUGCUGUUGAAAGAAGUGGAAAUGUACUAAUGGCAUUCAAUAACAAGGAGGCAAGCUCCGCAGUUCCUUUAUUCUCCCCGGUGUUUGUUCCAAUGGCUCAGAGCAUGGGGCCUCUCUUAUCACAAAUUGCAUCAUCACCGACGUUUCGUCUAGGGGCAGAGAUGACUAUGAAACAAUUACAAAAUCUUAGCCCUCCAAUAAUGAAGCAAGCUCUUCCUUUAGUUGAGCAGCUGCCUCCCCUGUACAUGGACCUUGUGAGGGGAAGAGAAGAUUUUACACCAAAGCCGGAGGAAACUCGACGACUUGUAAAGUCAUACUAUGGCAUCUCCCGAAAUCUCCUCAUAAAGUUCAAGGAUGAUAUGAUAGAUGAAACUCUGAUGCUAGCUCAGUUACUUAGCUCAGAAGCUGCAAUUAGUUCGAUGCUGGACAUGUCAACCCGGUCGUUGCCUGGCAAUCAUGGGCUACCCUUGCAGCAGGCCCUUCCGGACAUACCACCAGCAAUGGCGGACGCAGUGAACAGAGGUAGCGAGCUCUUUACCAAUCUAGCUGUCGGAACGCCAUGGGAGACUGUUGCAAAAGAAGUGGGAAACACAUUAGGCGUAGACUCAAAAGUCCUCCGGGCUGAAGCAUCCAAGGAUCUAGACCUGCUUGUGGAAGUGGUAACAUCUUGGAUGUCCUCAAACAUGGGUCCGAAUCUCUUGAGGCCGUAAAUGAUGUCAUGGGCGUACACAACACAUACAGUUUGCCACCAUCCCAUAUAAUUCAGUUGAUGUGUAUAAUAUACAGAUACUGCGAUGAUUAUUCCAAAUUGGUCACCCCCUUCAGUUAUGGUUCUUAUCUGAAUGCAAGAUUGUCCCGACUGGCCGCCAUACACGCGCAACAGCAUCAUCAUGUCAUGGCAUCCGUGUGGACUCAUUUUGCUUCUUUGCAUAUUGUUCUGUUUCAAGUAGACUCGCAAUUGCUGUAAUUAUAAAUUCUUCCAAUGCUUUCUUGGGGUCUCUAUAUAUUGAAAUAUUAUUCACAGGAAGGAAGGUUGUAUAUCAAUAAUAGAAAAAACGUCACAGACUUCAUAUUUGUAAAUGUACUGAUUUCCCCUUA